AUGUGUAUCAAUAAAAAUGAAUGUUACAAGGUUGUAUUGGCAAAAAUCAAAAUGAAAGAAAAUCAAAUAACAAGAAUGAAAUCUACAAUUAGUACAAUAGGUCUAUCAGUUUUUAUAAUAAAUAGGCAAUUUGUUAAAUCGUUUGUAUGUUACAAUAAUAUUAAUUUAGAAUUAUUUAAACCAGAAAAAAAGGAUUCUUUUGUAUUACCAGCGUCAAAAAACAUCUCUUCAAGUAAAUUUCAAAAAUCACUGAACGAGAGGUUAGAAGAAGAAUUUAAUAGAAUAGUUGAAACAGCAAAAAAGUUAAAUUUAAAGGAAAAGGAAUUAAACGAGUACGCAUUGAAUCACAUCCCAGAAGAGAGCCAAAGAAAACGUUUUUUGUAUUUAAUUAAGCCAAAAAAGGAGGAGAAAGUAUUACAAAAACGUUUAAGAAAACACUUAGCAAUCCUUCCACAAAAAAACGUGGAGUAUUCAAUAGACGAAGCAAUAAGUAGAAUCAAAAUCAUCAGCGGAACGAAAUUCAUAGAAGGAAUAGACGUAGCAAUAAGAAUACCAGUGACGAACAAGAAGGCGAAAUCAACAGCAGGACAAUACGCGAAACUUAUAACGAUUCCAUACAAGUCACUAAAAUCGAAGAGAACUAAACUAGGAAUAUUUGCAACAAAGGAACUAGUAGAAGAAAUUAAAUCGAAAGGUAGAAGAACAAAGGCCAGAAGUAUAUUAAAAUUUACAGAAAUAAAUAACCUGGAAUUUAUCGGAGGAGAAGAACUGAUAAAGGAGUUUAAAGAGAAGGGAGAAGUGCCAGAAGUAAACCUGGUACUAUCAGACAUAAAAACAUACCCGAAGCUGAGUCUUUUGGGAAAACUGCUGGCGAAGAAGGGUUUGAUGCCAAAUUUGGAAGUGGGAACGUGUUUAGAGUCAAAAACAGAUUUCACAGAAGUCCUGGAUAAUUUCGUAAACAGGAACGUGUUAGUCAUAAAGUCAGAUAAAGUAGGAGACAUCAAGUGUAACUUCGCAGAUGUGACGAUGCCCUUGGAUGAAAUAAGGUCGAACCUACUGGAAAUAUUCAGAUACUUGAAGAAGAAUAAGCCGCCAUACUCAACACAGAAGUUUAUAGAUAAAAUAUACAUAUCGUCAUCAAUGGGACCGUCAUUUAGACUGGGAAUAAAGCAGUUCAAAUACAACAGAAACUGA